ACUCUCUCUUUCUCUUCAACGCUCUUCUCUGCCAUCUGUGCAGCUCAGCCAUACGCUAUAUAUACACAUGAGCCUAUCUAUACUCUGAGGACUACCCUGCAAGGGCUCAUACCAUUCUUACUCGCUUUGUACCAACAGUUGUAUUCGUUGGUCAGCUCUUCCCCGACCGGAGGCAUUGUCGCCCCGACUGGGAUCGUCGUUCUGCGUCAUUAGUACAAGGAUUCCUGCUCAUCCAGAACCCAAUUCUUGUUUAUAUUUUCAUCAACAGUUUACACAUCUUUCAUCCUGCUCCUUGCCUUGAUCCAGGAGUGCUGUGUGCACCAACCCAUGGUCAUUCAUUAAACAGACACGAUGCAGCUGCUUCUAUCAUUACUUGUGGCGGCCCUGCUGCAGGUCACCACAGCUUCUGUUCUUACUCCUCCAGUCCUUCCAUUGAUUGUACGAAACCCAUACCUCAGUACCUGGCUGGGGAAUGCUCGAGAUGUCCCAUGGUCAAAAUGGCCCAUGUUCUACACCGGAGAGGAAAUUGGGCUCUCCUUGAUGGUCCAGGUCCCCCACACGGGAACCAUUUAUCCCUUGGUUGGCAAGCCUCAUGAGGUUCUAUCUCCAGAUCUCGGGUCUCAUAUCGAAUAUGCAACCUAUCUUGGGUCAUACUAUGACGCUUCAACGACAAACCUGACCUACCGUAUCGACCUGCCAGCGACGCAGUCUCUGGAGAUUACCGUGUCUUUCUUAUCCCCCAUCACACCAACUUCUACCCUACGGCAGUCAAUCCCAGCCUCAUACAUAUCAGUCGAGGUUUAUGGCCAUGUCGACGUCAAUAUCUAUAUGGAUGUUGAUGGGCGUUGGGUGACUAGCGACCUAGCGAGCCGGAUCACCUGGCAAUUUGACGAUCUGAAGCUCGAAGACAACAAAACCAAUCUUAGGAGAUGGCAAGUCCAGAGGGAGACUGAGCUUCUAUUUUCUGAAAUUCGUGACCGCGCGGAAUGGGGCACUCUUCACUUUGCCGGCCCUGCUGAUGUCCGCUAUGAGUCGGGAGAUGCUACCAUUGUAAGAGGCAGGUUUGCGAAAGAAGGAGCUGUGGGCAAUGUGAUUGAUAGGACCUUCCGUGCUGUUGGCGACCGACAGCCAGUCUUCGCAUUUUCUAAAUCCUUCAGACUCCGUUCCGAUGCCUGUACCGGCAGCGUCUUGUUCACUGUUGCUCAAACUCAAGACCCUGUCGUUCGGUAUGCGUCUUCUCGUGGACUGACAUUUAUGCGACCUCUGUGGAGAUCGUGGUUUCCGACUACCGAGAAACUCCUCGCGUUCCACUAUAAGGACUUCGCAAACGCCAACGCGCUAGCCAGCAACUACUCCCAGCAGCUAGCAAAGGAUGCCUAUGUGUCUGGAGCAGACGAUUAUGUUGACAUCGUAGCGCUAUCUGCGAGGCAGGUCAUGGGAGCAACUUCGUUUUCUGGGACUCCGGAGAAACCGAUCUUAUUUCUCAAGGAAAUCUCUUCAGAUGGAAAUUCCCAAACGAUCGACGUCAUUUUCCCUGCUUUCCCUUUUUUCUUGUAUACCAGCCCCCGUUGGCUGGCAUAUCUCUUAGAGCCUCUGAUCGAGUACAUGCUUAGUGGGCAGUACCCUAAUACCUACGCGAUCCAUGACCUGGGAACCCACUUCCCUAAUGUGACUGGCCAUCCCGAUGGGAAUGACGAGUACAUGCCAGUGGAAGAAUGUGGCAACAUCCUCAUCAUGGGGUUGGCGGUUGUCAACUCCCUUCGCUACCCCGCCGACAGCUAUGCAUCGUCUGUCUGGUCAACAGUCGGCUCGCCAUCCCAAGCUCCGAGUGACACCCAAGGACUGUUUCCUCUUGACACUCUUCAGGAAUGGGAUGGGAUCAGUGGGCAAGACGGGAAAUGGGGUGGCGGCACAGAAGGCGAAGCAUUGGCCCGGGAAUGGGUUGAGAGGAGCUACCCUCUCUGGACGCAGUGGACUGGCUAUUUGGUUGAUUUCUCGUUAGAACCUGCUAAUCAACGUGAGACUCCCGUUGUUCUACAUGGCUCAAAAUGGUACUGACGCAGACAGUCUCAACGGACGAUUUUGCCGGCUGGCUCGCGCUUCAGACAAAUCUAGCGCUCAAGGGAAUUAUCGGCAUCAAUGCUAUGAGCAAGUUGGCUGAGGUAGUUGGUUACUAUACGGAUUAUUCAUUCUAUAAGGUUCGUAGUGACUUCUCUGGAAACACCACGACUCCAGGCGCCACUGAUACUUUACAGAACAUAUCGUACACUUAUAUUGCAAAAUGGGAAGAACUCGGCAUGUCUCGUGACAACACACACGCAAAACUUGCCUAUGAUUGGUAUGGGUCAUGGACUACCAUUUACAAUCUCUACGCGGAUGCCCUACUUUGCUUCCACUUGGAUGGGACAGACAAUGAAGUUAGCAUGCUGGCACAUAAGACCCAGAAGCCUAUGCAUGACCGAACGGUAGGAUUCGUCCCAAGACAUAUCUACGAGAAGCAGUCGAUUUGGUACCACUAUGUUCGCCAGAAGUACGGAGUGCCUCUGGACAGCCGUCAUUUCUAUACCAAGACCGAUUGGGAAUUUUUUGCCAUGGCUGUUGCCAGCAAAGAUGUCCGCAGUGAGAUCCUUGAGUCUGUUGCGAAAUGGGUCAAUGAGACGGACACCGAUCGUCCCUUUACUGACCUCCACGAAACGGAAGGCGCUGGUGGAUUCCCAGGACCAAAUUUCUUUGCUCGCCCCGUGAUAGGUGGGCACUUCGCCUUCUUGGCUCUUGAACGGGCAUGUGAGGGCCGUGCCAUGAACGGAUUGGAAUUCCUCGAUGACUUGUCCGAUGAUGAGGAUGAGGACAGUGAGUAUUGGAUUGCAGCAGCCAAGGCCGCGAAGUCGUUGGCAUCAGGUCGUCGGCAGGACUCUUAUGAAGAACUUUGAAGCUGGCCUAGGCAGCAGAUAUUAGUAUUAAGCAUGGACGUGACCUGGCUGGAAACUAUAUCAGCUCAUCAUUGUUAUUGUUGCCAUUCUUUUGGCAUCGCUAUACUGCACAUCGUUAGCCUCAUGCACCUUUUGGAAUUCAUCUCAAUGAAACUGAAGCCAACCAAGACCUAGCUCUGUAUAUUGAGCGUAGUUGGAAAUGUUUUGAGAUGUAGCUAGUAACAUAGUAGUCCGUUAGUAGGAAAGCGCGAUCUUUUAUGAUUAUGUAAUGGGCAAAUUGUUGUCGAUAGUUGAC